AUGUUGCCGUACUUGGCGGCGCUGCUGUGCUGCGCCUUUCGCCAUGCGGCGACCGGCUCCGGCUCGGGCUCGCGAACUGGCGAUCGCUUUCAGUCAGUCAGUGACGCGGCUCGGAGCUCGACGUUCUUGCGAAGCGCCAACUUAAUUCUGCGCUCGAGUGAGAUGCUCCUGCGAGUGCGAGAGAGACGGUGGAGUCCGAGUGAGACAUUCGCGCGAGACUGGGACGGUGACAUGGCGGUGUCGCAACCUCGCCCACCUGACUGUGUUGACGCCGUGCUCAAAAAAGUUGCGCCGUUGCGCUAUUUAGAGGCGCACGAAUGUGCACGCUACACCGCGUGUGAUGGGCGCACAAUGAGCGGUCUGAUGAAGCGCACGGGCGGCCGCCUCGGCCCCGACGAGACCGCCCCCCCGCACUCGGCCCCGCACGUGCAGCAGGCGGCCACCACCAUGCACUCCUUGGCGCAAGCGGCAGCGCAGCCGCAGAUCAUCGGAGUGUCGUCCUCUGGCGGCGUGGGUGUGGGCGUGGGCGGCAUGGUGCCCGUGGGCGGGGGCUUCGCACGCGCCUCGCGCCCCGCCGCGCCCGUCAUCAACUACCACCUGAAAGCGGGCGUGCAGUACGGCGCCCACAAGCCGCCGGCGCAGCAACCGCCGCAGCCGCCGCAGCCGCCGCGCCUCCGGGUGGCGCACGCGCCGACGCCGCUGGGGCGGCAGUCGCCGGGUGCGGUGGGCGGCGUGCCGGGGGGCGCGGCGCCGGGCGGGCCGGGGGUCGCGCCGGGUGCGGCGGGGGGCCCGGGAGCACCCGGCGCACAGUUCCAGCGGCUCAAGGUGGAGGACGCGCUGUCGUACCUCGACCAGGUCAAGUUCAAGUUCAGCACGCAGCCGCAAGUGUACAACGACUUCCUCGACAUCAUGAAGGAAUUUAAGAGCCAGACCAUCGACACGCCGGGCGUCAUCAAGCGCGUCUCCAACCUGUUCAAGGGGCACCCGGAACUGAUCGUAGGCUUCAACACCUUCCUGCCGCCCGGGUACAAGAUAGAGGUGCAGAGCAACGGCCAGGUGUCGGUGUCGAUGCCGUCUCCGACGGGGCUGGGCGGCGUGGGCGUAGGCAGCGUGGGAGGAGUGGGCGUGGCCAGCGUGAGCAGCGUGGGCGUGGGCGGCGGAAUGGUGCUGGGCGUGACGCACUCGUCUCAGCCGCAGCUGCUGCACCUGCUGCCCGUGCAACCGUCUGUGGGCGGCGCCAUCGUGCACAACAUGACGGUGAGCGCGCCCGCAGCCAACACGCUGCACCACAUCUCACAGGCGCAUCAGCAGAUCGAGGCCGCCUCCAUACACCACAACCAAGGGUGCGGCGGGGGCGCGCACGCCGCGGCCGCGGGACAGCCCGUAGAGUUCAACCACGCCAUAGAGUACGUCAACAAGAUCAAGUCGCGGUUCUCGAGGCAGCCGGACAAGUACAAGAGGUUCCUGGAGAUCCUGCACGCGUACCAGCGCGGCCACCGCGACGUGAAGGAGCCGCAGGCGCGACAGCAGACCGAGCAGGAGGUGUACUCGCAGGUGGCGAAGCUGUUUGAGAACCAGGAGGACCUGCUGGCGGAGUUCGGGCAGUUCCUGCCGGACGCCAAGGCGGUGACGAAGCCGGCGCAGUACGCGCUGCACUCGGCGCACCCCCCGCACCCCCCGCACGCGCGCUCCCCGCUCUCGCCGCCGCCGCCGCCGCCGCCGCAUGCCGCGCAGAUGGAGAGCGAACGGUUUGCGGCGACCUCCCCGCAGCCCGGAGCACCCCACACUUCGCCCGCGCACCCCGCGCUUGCGCACGCUCACGCGCCGCUGCCCGCGCACGCCCCGCACCCCGCGCACCCCGCGCCCACUGCGCCCGCUGCCCCGGUUCUGAAGCACCCGACGUCCGUCAGCGUGCCGGUUCCGCCUCCUCAGCAUCAUCAUUUAAAAAGAUCACCGAGUUUCACUUCUACCAGUCAAAUCGCUGGCACUCCCGCAGGGUCGGGCGCUCCACCCAGCAAGAAGCCGCGCUGCAGCUCGGGCACGCCGCCGGGUGCGGGCGCGGGCGGUGCGGGCGCGGGCGGUGCGGGCGCGGGCGCGGGCGCGCUGCGCGACGUGUCGUACGCGGAGGCGGCCAAGCUGGCCACCGCGCAGGACUACAGCUUCUUUGACCGCGCGCGCAAGGCGCUCCGCUCGCAGCAGGUCUACGACAACUUUCUCAGAUGCCUGCUGCUGUUCACCAACGAGAUAAUCUCGUCGUCGGAGCUCGUGUCGGUGACGGGGCCGUUCCUGUGCCGGCAUCCCGAGCUGCAAAAGUGGCUGCAGGACUUCGUGGGCCCCGCCUCGCCCUCGCCGCCGCACACGCCCACCGCGCCGCCGCCCGCGCCUCUGCACGCCCACGCCCCGUACGCGGCGACGGGCGGGGCGGCGGGCGGCGCGGCGGGCGGGGCGACGGGUCCGCUGCUGGGCUACGCGCGCGAUCGCCUCGGCGACGGCAAACUGCGCUACGAGCCGCCGCAGCUGCGCAACGAGCGCGCGCAGGGAGACGCCGCUAUGGAUAUAGACCUGACGACGUGCAAGCGGCUGGGCACCUCGUACUGUGCGCUGCCGCGGGACGCCGCCGCACGCCGCUGCUCGGGCCGCACGCCGCUCUGCAAGGAGGUGCUCAACGACACCUGGGUGUCCAUACCGACGUGGAGCGAGGAUUCCACCUUCGUCACCUCCCGCAAGACGCAGUACGAAGAGUACAUUUACAGAUGCGAGGACGAGCGCUUUGAGCUGGACGUGGUGAUCGAGACGAACGCGGCCACCAUCCGUGUGCUGGAGGGCGUGCAGAAGAAGAUGUCGCGCAUGGCGCCCGAGGACGCCGCAAAGUACCGCCUCGACGAUUGCCUCGGCGGACACUCGCCCACCAUCCACCAGCGAGCGCUGCGCCGCAUAUACGGUGAUAAGGUGGCGGUGGACAUCAUCGCCGGCCUCAAGAAGAACCCCGUGGUGGCGGUGCCCGUGGUGCUGCGCAGACUCAAGGCCAAGGAGGAGGAGUGGCGCGAGGCGCAAAAGGGCUUCAACAAGCAGUGGCGCGAGCAGAAUGAAAAGUAUUAUCUCAAGUCGCUGGACCACCAGGGCAUCAACUUCAAGCAGAACGACCUGAAGGCCAUGCGCUCCAAGUCGCUGUUCAACGAGGUGGAGGCUGCGUAUGCCGCGCGCCGUCCCGCGCCCCAUCUCGUCGUCGACUAUCAGAUGCAGUCGCGACAGGAAGCCAUCAAGAUCCUGCGCGAUGCGGCCGAGCUGCUGAUCCACCACGCGCGCCGGCAGACCGGCAUUCAGAAGGCGGAGAAGCGGCGCAUAAAGCAGCUGCUGCGCCAUCUGCUGCCUGAUCUGUUCGCGCACCCGCGCCAGCCGCUCUCAGAUGACGAGCGCGACGAAGAGGACAAGGAGGAGGCCGCCAGCCCGGCCCAGCGCGACGACAGGCCCGCGCCCGCAGCGCCUGCCCCGCCCGCAGCGCCCGCAGCGCCCGCCAGCAAGCCCGACAAGCACGAGUCGUCGGAGUCCGACAACGCUUCCGACAAGAGCAGCAGAAACAACAAGAACGACAAAGAGAACAAGCCCAAGAACAACAACAUGGAGAGCAAAGAGGGCGGCGGCGGCGGCGUGAAGCGCAGCUCCAGCCUCGAGGAGCCCCUCGCCGUCAAGCCGGAGCCCGACCUCAGACCCGAUGAGCCGGAGGACGACUACAAGGACUAUCCGCCCAAUGAGGCGCGGUUCGUGUGCACGUCCUCGUGGUACCUGUUCCUGCGGCUGCACGGCGUGCUGUGUGCGCGGCUGGGCGCGGCGCGGCGUGCGGCGGCCGCGCUGGCGGAGGCGGGCGGGGCCGGGGGCGGGGGCGGUGGCACGGCGGCGGCGGCGGCGCUGCGCCUGCGCCCCUGCAACCUGCCGCCCGAGGCCGCGGAGCCGCGUCACUACUACGGCGCGCUGCUGGAGCUGGUGCGAGCCGUGCUGGAUGGCAACACGGAGCCCGCCGCCUACGAGGACGCGGCGCGCGAGAUGCUCGGCAUCAAGGCGUACCCCGCAUACACGCUCGACAAGGUCGUCUCCAUCGCCGUCAGGCAGCUGCAGCACUGCGCCUCGGAGCCGUGGUCGGUGCGCGCGGCGGAGCUGGCGGCGCGCGGGAUGCGAGCGGGCGCCGGCUACGUGCGCCGCGCGGCCCGCUACCUGCGCCAGGACCACACCGCCUUCCUCGUGCGCGUCUACGGCGGAGACGAGUGCAAGGUGACAUUCGAGUUGCUGGAGGGCGGCGCCGAGGGUCGCGCCUCCCCUCACCGCGACGUGGCGCGCCUCUCGCCGCCCGCGACCGCCCGCCCGCGCGACCCCCUGCCCGCCGGGGUCGCGCGCGUCGCCGCCUGGUCGCUGUACGCGGAGAGGUACGCGCGACCCGACGCGACCCCUCCGCCCCCGCCGCCGACCGCGCACCGACACAAGCCCGUCUUCCUGCGCCGCAACGCGCGCCGCGCGGGCGCCGCGCCCUCCGCCAGCGCCGCGCCCUGCGCCCCACCCGCGCCGUCUUCCGCCCCCGCCCCCGCCCCCGCCCCAGCCCCGGCCCCGGCCCCGCGGCGCCGCAAGCCUGCGCGUCUGCACGACCAGUCUGAGUGCACGCUGGCCGGCGGCGUGCGGCUGGUGGCGCGGCGGGCGCACGUCGCAUACCGCGCCGGCAGUCUGGCCGCCGCGCGCGCCUCGCACCCGCGUCUGCACGCCGCAAGGCGCGCCCGCUUCAGAGCCUGGCUGCGCCGACAUCUGCGCCCGCCGCAACCCCCACACACAUAACUACCCCCUCGCACCAUCGCCUCGGAGCUGCGAACUACCAAAACAUCAACUGUGAUUGAUCUUUUAAAGUUUUGAUGUAGUCAUUCAAGUGAGAAAGGACAAUAUUACGAUAACUCGUUAGUCAUCGUAUUUAAUGAUGAUGAAGUCAAACUGACUCCGAGCGAUGCAUCCAUUUGAAUUGGUGAUAGUAAUUGGUGUUUACGUGAGUAAAAACAGAGACGUGAAAUGUGCCAGCGUUUAAGGAUAACAUUAAUUUCAUUAUUAAAUACAUUUGGUAAAAGUUGAUACGAAUAAGUAAAUUCAUUCCGACAUUUGGCUCGAAAUCUGCUUCUAAGUAAAUAUUGAAGUAGAACCGAGGUACAAUUUCCAUGUAUAUAUUAACGUACAAUUUUUGUACGACUUGUUUAGCAAGUAUCAGCUAAUUACACUUUCUUUUUCUUUUGAUGCUCUUUUUGCCUUAAUUGAAUCAUAAAUAUGAGGAAUCAUUUGAUUGUGUUGUGUUCGGGGCGAUGUUGUGAUGUCGGCGUUCUCUCGAAUACUUAGUGAUUGUUGUAUAUAAAAGCGUCGUGUGUGAGCGAGAGUGUGCGGCAAUGUGCGGCACUGUGCGGCAGUGUGCGGCAAUGUGCGGCAAUGUGCGGCACUGUGCGGGAGUGUGCGGGAGACAGCCGGCGGCCGCGCGCCGCGUUCUAGUGGCCGCGGCGGCUGCAAUAACACGAGGACUCCUUGUUCAAUGUAAAAAAACCUUACUUGACAGAAGUAAUAAAUAUUAUAUAUUUGUAA